UUAGUUGUACAUAGAGACAUAGAGAGCAUAUGAUCCUGAAGAAGAAGAAGAAGUAGAGAAGCUAAAAUCCCUUCAACGAUGGCGAUGCGUGAGCUUGUCACCGGCGGAGCCGCCUGCGCCGUACCGGGCUCAUCGUCGUCCUCCAAUCCUUUCGGCAAUCUCGCCAACGCUCUUCUCAACUCCUCCGCCAAAGGCCAGGACUUGAAGGAGCUGCCGUCUUCGCUGCCGACGAGUUCCUCCGGCGCUCAGUUUUACCCGGAGGCGCAUGGCCAGCAGCAGCUGCCGGGGUCGGAGUUUGACCAGCAGCUCAUACCUCCCGGAGCUCAGAGCUUAGAGUUUCUUCGCAACUUCAACUCUGUUGGUGGCAAUGGAAUGCUUGAGAACGCGUGGGAUGAGGUUCAAGGCUCGCAGCCUCCUCCUAUGCACCGCCCUCAGGUCAUGUAUGACCGUGGGGGCCCCGCUCCUCAGCUUCAACCGGCUUUGGAUGGGCCACCACAGAGAGUGCUGUCAAGCUUUUUGCACUCAUUUGUUGAAAGUAGCCGUGGUGGGAUACCUUUCCGUCCUACUCAACUUCCGGUGUUAGGAUUGUCUGCUGGUGACAAGCAAUGCAUACGUGAUCGCAGCAGCAUCAUGGCCCGACACUUUUUUGCAGAUAAGAGCGAGGAUUUUAUAAAUGGGCAGGUAAACGCACUUCUAUGUUCGCUAGAUAUCGACGGUGAUGCCAACAGUAAAAGGCCUCUCCCUGUAAGGUUCCGGGAACUAGAGGGUUAUUGGAACGAAUCCCAAGCUAUUCAGAAACCUGGUGCUCAGGCUACAGAUGGGUGGGUCACAGAAUUUAGCCAACACAGAGUAGAUCGUGGUGAUCCUAAUGCGUGGGCUCACUCAUUUGAGCAACAACAUGGUGCCAACGGUUGGGCAUCUGAAUUCGAGCAGGAACAGUCUCAGAUGAUGUCUGCAGAUCAUAUGAGAGGUGGAAAUAUGGCAAGCUUAGCUGCAAUGGAGCAGACUCGUAUGCUUGCAAAUACAUUGGCACAGAAUGAGGACCCAAAAUUUCAGAAGUCAAGAUUUCUCCAGUUUGUAUCAAAGAUGAGUCGUGGUGAACUAAUUAUUGAUGAUAAUCAAGUCAAGCAGGCCACGUCUUCUGCUGCUGGAGAUUGGGCAGGAGAAUAUCAACAGCAGUACAAUGCAGGUUCUAAUUGGGCUAAUGAAUAUGUGCAUGGGGAGCUAUCUCGUGCCAAUCAAUGGGCAAAUGAGUUUGGUUCUGAACAAGAGCAGCGUGGAUCAGUUGAUGAUCAGUGGGUCAAUCAGUUCUCUAAGUUGCAUGUCGAUGACUGGGCAGAGGAAUUUGGAAAUCAGGUUGGUGAAGGAAUACUGGGGGAUGGUUCUGCUGAUAGCUGGGCUAACGCAUAUGAUGAGUUCCUAAAUGAGCAAGUAGCUUCCAAACAACGAUUGGAUAGUUCAAGGGGCGUCUAUGUCUUUUCUGAUAUGAACCCUUAUGUUGGUCACCCAAACCCAUUAAAAGAAGGCCAGGACAUGUUCCAUAAAGGUCUUUUGAGUGAAGCAGUGCUUGCUUUAGAAGCUGAAGUGCUCAAGAACCCUGACAAUGCUGAAGGUUGGAGGCUACUUGGAAUAGCACAUGCAGAAAAUGAUGAUGAUCAACAGGCUAUUGCAGCCAUGAUGCGUGCACAGGAGGCUGAUCCAACUAAUCUAGAAGUGCUUCUUGCUCUUGGAGUGAGUCAUACUAAUGAACUGGAGCAGUCGGCUGCUUUGAAAUAUUUAUAUGGAUGGCUACGUAAUCAUCCAAAGUAUGGAGUGCUUGCCCGACCAGAACUGUCAGAUUCUUUGUACUAUGCUGAUGUUGCUAGAACUUUCAAUGAAGCUGCUCAAAUGUCACCCGAGGAUGCUGAUGUGCAUAUAGUUCUCGGUGUCCUUUAUAACUUGUCAAGAGAAUAUGACAGAGCCAUUGAGUCCUUCAGGACAGCCUUAAAACUGAAGCCACAGGAUUACUCUCUUUGGAACAAGCUUGGAGCAACACAAGCGAACAGUGUUCAGAGUGCUGAUGCAAUAUUGGCUUAUCAACAGGCGCUAGAUUUGAAGCCCAACUAUGUUCGUGCAUGGGCUAAUAUGGGUAUCAGCUACGCCAACCAGGGUAUGUAUGAGGAUUCCAUACGUUACUAUGUCCGAGCACUUACCAUGAAUCCAAAGGCAGAUAACGGUUGGCAGUACUUGAGAAUUUCUUUAAGUUGUGCUUCUAGGAGUGACAUGUUAGAAGCUUGUGAUUCUCGGAAUCUUGAUAUUCUUCAGAAGGAGUUUCCAUUAUAAUAUGCAUCGUCUUUUGGAUUGAUGAAUGAGAUUAAGAGGUCCAUUACUGAAGUGUAAACCCAAACGUGCAGCGUUGUGUCCUGUAAUGAAGUUGUUUGCAUGAAGAACAUGGUUACAGGGAUCCACAUUUACAGUUCAUCAUUUGCUGCUCUUUAGCAAAGUCCGCUUGCCGCUUUCUAUUGCAUUAUGCAUGAGUUGGAAGAGUCGAAAGGAAUAAUAUAAGCUUAAAAGGCUUCCACAAUAAUACACCAAUGUAUAACAUUUCUUAUGUACAUGGUUAACACCAAAGCUUAGCCAUAGCUUGCAUAUGAAGUAAAGGGGAUAAUGGAGCUAGCAGAGUUUAGCUUUAGAAUUGUCAAAUUUGUGGUAGCUAGCAGAAAUUUCAGAUAUAAAAGUAAUUAUUUACUGAUC